AUGAAAAGGAGUCUAGCUGAUGCUCCAACUCGCAGCACAGCAGGUUAUCUGCCUGUACCUCUGUUCAAUCAGAAAAAAAGAAAUAGGCAGCCCCUGACUUCAAAUCCACUUAAAAAUGAGCCAGGAACCAGCUGGGGAUCUGCAAACCCCGAGGUGGCUGAAUUACAGAAAGCAGCAAACAAUGGCCAAACAGAACAUGCAAUGGUUCCUUCCCUUAUGAAACCACCAAAUGCAUCAAAGUCUUAUUUAGCAAAUUGCUGGAAAAAACUUGUAUGCCUGCAGGUUGAAGAGAAGAGUCCCCGUGCUAAAGUUUGGAACAGAAAUGAGUACACUCCUUUAAGUAAUAUGAAAGAUUCAAGACCUGAGAGUGGAAUUAUUCGAAAGUUUGAGAACCUUUCAAAUAGUGUGAAAACUGUUCAGCAGCAAAACCCCCCUAAUAACCGUAAUUCAUCCCAACUUCUGAAAACAACAGAAACCAGCCAAACAUCAACAUCUAAAGGUCAAUGGCCAAUGAAACCUAACACUGUUUCAAGAAGUCUGCAGGAUCAUAGUCUGGCAUAUAAAUUUACCAACAAUAUCCAGCAAAAUAAAAUAAAUGAAAACAAAUUUGACUGUGUUCCAGAAGACAAAUGUCAGGAAUUUUCAUCAUCUCAAUUAAAAAUUAGAGAAAAAAAGAAUUCUUUGCGUAUCAUAUCUGCAGUCAUUGAAAGUAUGAGGCACUGGAGUCAAUAUGCUUAUAAAACAGCACUGCUAUUUGAAGUUUUAGGCACCCUGGAUUCUGCAGUCACACCUGGAACAUAUGGGGCUAAGAAUUUCCUUUUGAGAGAUGGAAAGGAGAGUCUGCCUUGUGUAUUUUAUGAAAUUGACCGGGAGCUUCCAAGACUAAUUAGAGGCCACGUGCACAGGUGUGUGGGGAACUAUGAUGCAAAAAAGAACAUUUUAAAGUGUGUCUCUGUAAGACCAGCAACUAUUCAAGAACAAAACACUUUUCAGGAAUUUGUUAAAAUUGCAGAUGUUGAGAUGGCAACGUAUGUCAAAACAAUGAAUGAAAUUUAGAAGUCAGAAGGAUUGUCCGGAACCAGUUUUCACUAAUGAUUACCAGUAAAGGCUGGAUAUCCUAAA